ACAGUGUUUCAUGUGCCUGCCGGAUAACACGACGAACUCUCUGACUAAAUUGUCCGUUUUUCCCGUUUCGAGAGCAAAUUCAUAAAGGAUAUCGACAUUAGUUGCGUUGUUUGUGUCAUCGCCUCCUCGAAUUCUAUUCCAAUUCCCAUCGUAAUUGGGUCUGUGUGUAAUUGAAAGUAGCCGCUUUACUUAAUUAAGGGGUAACAAUGUGUGGUGACGAAGUGCUGUGAACAGUAAAACGAGUUCAUGGAGUAUUGUGUAUAAAUUACAAUUGCUAUCAGGAAGGUGGAAAGCACGAGGAGGUUACGCGAUUUGUGAGGUAGAUCUGCUCAACGGUGCAGCAUAUCUGAAACAGUUUUUUGGUGGAGCAAGUGGCUAUCAACUACUAAUUAGUGGUGACCUCAGACAGCAGUCAGCUUCGAUUUUUUGUGCGCUUAUAGGAGAAAAAUGUCCCUGCGAUCCUUUUAUGUUGUUUUAUGCUUAGUAUGCUGGCUGCACGGAAUCUCCGGGGCUUCAACACCUCUUAACAUUCGCAAAUUGUACGAAUCAAAUGAAAUCAGAACUAAAAAGGACGACACAACAUUUCCCCAGGCCGACGAAGAUGUCCUCGAACUAGAACAACUUAAACUCAAGAAUCUUGAGAACAAAGCCACAACUACGCCUAACAGCAACCUCGACAUAGAUGGAGAUAUCCUAACAGCGCCAACUGUCCUUCAAAAGCAGCAAGCCAGCAACAAGAAUCCCAUAGUUCUAGGACAACCCGAAGAAGAGGAACAAAUGGUUGUUCAAUAUCGACCACAUCAUCCAAUCGUUCAUAAUGCUGAAGUGCCCCGUCAAGAGGAGACUGCCACUAACACGGAAAAGAGUCCUGCUAAGCCAUUUUAUGGUGCCGCACGUCUAACCUACGGUCAAAAUCCUCAUAUCGAAGCCAAAACAACGCAAACUUCCACAUCACCUUCAACAACAUCCGUUUCCGAAGGCGACCAUUCAACAUUAAAUGCGGUCCCAUCUUCAUCCUCUCCGUCCACGUCAUCAACAGCAAUAUCUUCCACAUCUAUGAAUGCCAGCCCAACAAAUCCAAUUAUCACGGAAUCGGAGAAUGAUUCGUCAGAGGAAGAAUCAGUAUCAGCUGAACUGGAGGCUACGAAAAAUGGCGAGAGGCGUUCAUUGAAUUUGAAGAGCCCCAAGACAGCCGAGAGCGUCUUAAGACAUCCUGACGGGCAGUAUUCAUCAUUUGACAUGGCUCAGUAUGUUUUCUGGACCGGCGAUGAAGCUGGAGUAGCCAAGGCUGUUGAGGAGUUCAUCCAAGAAGGAUUGAUGUCCCGAGAGAAUGCAAUAAAAUUCCUGCGAGAUAUCAGGCUAGGCAUCGAAUACCUGCAGGACUCAUAUGCUAACCGUGUGUUCCCUAACCACCUGAAAAUUGGCUCCUUACAUCCAAAGACCGUUCAUGCACCUGUGCCAGCUUCUCCACCAACCACAACGACAACAAGCCCCGCAGAAUCACGUCCGAUGCUAUCGCCAACCAUAAGAAAAGCUCUCGAGGGAAUCCCGUCCCUUCUGAGAUUACAGGAGAUGAAUAACGACCGGAAUAAAGAGAACUCCCUGGAUUAUGAUGAGAUGUCGGGAAGGUUGCGACUGGCUGAUUUUCUCUACGCUGAAUAUUCAUUGGAGGAGGUCAUCUAUCAGCUGGCCAAGGUCAUGUUUUCAGAAUCGCUUGCUAAUGGCUCGGAACAGGCCCAGAAUGCUUUACAGCGUUUAACAGCGUUCCUCGAGGCAGAGGGUGACCAUGGGCGGAUUUCGCCAGCUCUACAGAAAAAGAUAUUAGAUGUAAUUCUGAACGCGCUUUCUGAUGUCCUGGCAGAACAUCCGGAGUUGAUAGCAGCUGCACGUACCGGUUUGGGGAGCUCAUUUCACAAGCUUCCUAAACACAUCGUCGAACCAAUCAAAAAUUAAUUGGUGAAUACUGAAUUCGUUGAAACUAAAUCCGUUUAUGGCUAUACUUUCACCUUAAACAUGUAACAGGAAUCAAAUCGUCUCUCAACUGAUAGAUUCUUUCAUUGUUUCCGGUCACGAUGGAUAAUUUGGCUCUGUCAGCAUUAUUAAUGUAAACACAUAGUACGUCCACAAUACAAACUCCAUGAAAUGUAAUCAAAUCAUCUUAUAGAACCAAAGGAGCAUUAGGAAAAUUGAAAUCUAUUUUUUGGGGUUUUCUUUCAGGAUAUCUGAUAUUUUUUGUGUCCUAGCCAGUCACAUUUAUUAUAAUAUAAUGGUCAUAGUCGGUCAGUCGGACUGAAGGAGGAACUCGCAUCAUUAGAAAUUCGAAGAAAAGCACAGAAAAAAGAUACUCUUGGACUAGUCUCUUUACGACUUGAACCUUUUAUCCGACAGAUCCUCUCUGACCAGGUUUACAAUAAUCAUAUUCACAUUUCAAAAGGACCAGUUAUAAUACCUACCACCUACGAGUUUCUUCUAAUGCUUCUAGGAAGACUAGCAAACAGUUGUUAGUAGGCAUACCUGCAAAAUUUAAAGAUAUUUGCGAUUUCCGUGGAAAAGUUGAUACGUAUAUUUAUUGAAAUUUAAGUCUACAGGACUGCAUGGGGAUAAUACCAUAUAACACAAGCCGAAAAAGGCUUACACAACACACUACACAAAAGGCUGGUGGAGCGAAUACAAAUGAAUUGAUAUAAAAAGUUUGUUCUUUCUAUCUCUGUUAAAUUGAACGAAUCAACUUAUUCACGUAAAUCGUCGAUUGAGCAGAUACAGAUAUCUACGAGUAUAUCUAAAUUAGAAUGGUUUAGAUAUUUCACUCUUGUUCUACGAGGUGUACUCAGUCGAAAAGCUUUUACAUGUAUAUAAAUAGAUAUCGUAAACACACACCCGUAAAAACUUAUGCAUACUUCCAGAGAAUACAUACAUAGAUGUAACUAUUGACAUCCAAUGAAGGAGUAAACUGUAAAUUGCAAUUAUACAGUCGAAUUAUAAUAUAUAUAUAUAUAUAUACAUAAAUAUAAAUAUAUAAACAUACACAUAUAUAUUGAUAGUCAAUGAAACAUCGUUAAUAUACUAACACGUAGUUCAAUUAAACUCUUUAGUCGAAUUAAUUUAUUGUUCGUCACCGAUAUUUAACGCAAUGGUUUCUCCGGGACAUCUGAUUUGUUAAUAUGAAUUAACUUUCCUUUAGUUAAAUAUGAAUAGUUAUUCAUUGAUUUUUGUUGUUUGAUUUAACUGAAAAAUAAAAUAUUUAUUGACAGCUAA